AUGUCGCAAUACCAGCGUAUCUUCAGUGUUUACCGCACGCCGGCCAUAGGCUACGAUAAGUUGGAGUUCAAUACGCCCCACCAGAAAUCUGGGGAACACGUGCUAGUCAUUCACAACGGCCAGAUGUUCACCUUCAACGCGUACGAUGCCCAAGGAGUGCCCCACAACGAAAGCAGGAUCCUCACCCAGCUCAUUCGAGUCGUGCAGAUGUCGCCCGAGAAGGUCGUCGGUGUGGGCAUUCUGACGACGGAAGACAGGGACGUCUGGGCGAAGAUGCACGCUACUCUUGGCCAGACCAUUACUGGAAAGUGUAACAAAAUACUCGAAACGGAGAGCGUGCUGAACAACUGGCAACGAAGAUGGUAUUUCACGGAGGCAUCGGCAUCCGCGGCAGCUCGGCCCAACGGCCAGUCAAAUAACAACGCAGCAUCGCGGAAGCGAGGAGCAAGCGUCACGGAAACGACGGAGGACGGAGAGGGCAAGAUCAACGGAACAGAUAAGUGCACUAUUUCGAUCGACAUUAUGUCAACGCCUCAUCCUCAGCAACGCCUAGGAGGCAUGCCUGAGUUCAACCCAAGGAGCGACAACAUUAGGUCGUACUUCGAGAGGCAUGGAAAUUCUGUUGACAUUAACGAAGUACCCGCGGCGAAAAAGCUGAAGUUGUUCUUGAACGUGGUGGGUGGUCAGGCUUACGAGGAGCUCAAGAAAAUUCUAGUUCCACAGAAGCCCACCGACAAAACUUUCGAGGAAGUGCGGGAGUUGCCAGAAGACCACUUCAGUCCGGAGUAUUCCGUAAUUGCCGAACGCUGCAAAUUCAACAGGGGAAUGCAACAAGAAGGUGAAAGCGUGAAGGAUUUUAUGACAGAAUUGAAGCACCUAGCACGGAACUGUGAAAUCAAGGAAUUUAUGAUUGAAGCUUUGAGAGACCGCCUGGUAGCAGGCUUACGCGAUGAAGAGACCCAGAGAACAUCGUUUGCUACGGAGGGUCUGACUUUUGAAGGCGCAUCUGAAAUACCUAUUGAAAAGGAACUCGCAUCGCGGCAAACCAGCGAGCUGCUUAAAGUAGAAGCGAGACCAACAGAAGUUAACGUUAUCAGCGGCAGCACAUGCGGAAAACGCACGCGUCACGAUCAAAGAACAAAGAAAAAGAAAACAAGCGGGAAACGCACACGUCACGAUUAAAGAAGGAAGGCGCAUCAAAGACGAAUCGUGGUUGUUAUCGCUGUGGGAAAGGACACGCGCCUGACCGAUGCUGGUAUCGAAAUACGAAAUGCCGUGC